GCGCGCAUAGGAAGGAAGGGAAGGAAAGGAGCUGAGGCAAAUCAGUCGCCAAGCGGAGCCCAAGACAGCGGAUGAACGGAGCCGAACGUGUGUGCUUGUCGCCCUUGUCGUUUUUUUACAGCAGCUCAAAGCGGCGUCCGGCAGCCCCGAAACCCGCCCGAAAAUGAUCUUCAAACUCGUCCAUCUCCUCGGGGUGCUCGUCUGCGGCGGCCAAGCCGCCCUGCAAGUGUCUAUAUCCUUGAACAAAGUGGAGUUAAGUGUCGGAGAAUCCAAGUUCUUCAUCUGCACAGCUAUCGGCGAGCCGGUCAAGUUGGAGUGGUAUAACCCCCAGGGCGAGCGCAUCGUGGCCUCUAAGCGAAUGGCGCUCCACACAGAAGCAUCCAGAUCCAAGCUCGUUAUUUAUAAUGCCAUCAUCGAAGAUGCGGGUAUCUACCGCUGCCAGGCCACCGAUGUCAGUGGUCACACUGAGGAGGCCUCCGUUGUGCUGGAGAUCUACCAGAGGCUGACAUUCCAGGAUGUUCAGUCACCGCAGGAGUUCCGCUAUGGUGAGACAGCAGAAGUUGUGUGUGAUGUCAUUAGCUCCCCGGUGCCCGUGGUGGUGUGGUACUACCAGGACAAAGAGAUCACUGAGGAGCACCACAGCAGGUUCCAGGUGUUGCCAAACAACAACCUGCAGAUCCAUCAGGUGACCAAGGCUGACGAGGGUGUGUACCGCUGUGAAGCCAGCGUAGAGGCACGCGGGGAGAUCGAUUUUGUGGACAUUGCAGUGGUGGUCAAUGUCCCUCCAGUGUUGUCAGUGUUCCAGCAGUCCUUCAAUGCCACAGCUGACUACCAGGAAUCUGUCACCUUUACUUGCAUCACUUCUGGAUCUCCGGACCCCAUAGUCACAUGGCACAGGAAAGGGCAGCAGCUGGAGCCAUCGGACCAGUACAUUUUGAACAGGCUUGAUGGCGGGCGGAGCAUGUUAACCAUCCGCAACAUCCGGCAGGGUGAUGGAGGCACCUACUCCUGCAGAGCCACCAAUAAGGCAGGAUCCCAGGAAAGAGAGCUCUUCCUCAAAGUGUUUGUCCAGCCCCAUAUCACCCAGCUGAAAAACGUGACAGCCGUAGAGGGCAGCGCUGCCAUGAUCUCCUGCGUGGCUGAGGGCGAGCCUCUGCCUGACAUUUCCUGGAGAAGAGCCAGCGACGGUCAGACCUUCGUGGACGGAGACAAGAGCCAGGAUGGGAGGUUUGAAGUUCGUGGGCGUCACGGCAAGUCGGUGCUGACCAUCAGCGGCGUGAGGCUCUCCGACUUGGGUCGAUUUGACUGCGAGGCACUCAGCAGGAUUGGAGGUCAUCAGAAGAGCAUGUUCCUGGACAUUGAAUAUAUACCAAAGUUCCUGACCAACCACACCGUUUAUUAUUCAUGGGAGGGAAAUCCGGUGAACAUCAGCUGCGACGUGAUGUCCAACCCACCUGCCACCAUGCUGUGGAGGCGAGAGCGCUUCACUAUCUCCACAGAGGGAACCGCCAACAUGAGGGUGCACAGCGCCGAGGGCAAGUCUGUGCUGGAGGUGACUCCUAUGUCCGACAGAGACUUUGGCCGCUACAACUGCACGGCCAGAAACAACAUUGGAGUUCGAUACCAGGAGUUCAUUUUGGCCCAGGCAGUUGCGCCAUCGAAUCCAUACUCAGUUCGUCUGUCAGCUGUCUCCCAGCGCCUAGCGACCGUAACAUUUAUGAAGCCAGACUCUCAUGGAGGCGUUCCCAUCAACUACUAUCUGGUCCAGUACAAGGAGGUGGGCUCACAGGACUGGAGGGAUGUCAAGUCACACAGUGUCCAGACCACAGUUGUGCUGACAGGACUGGAGCCCAACACAACAUACGAGGUUCGAGUGGCAGCUGUCAACGGAAAGGGCCAGGGCGACUUCAGCCACACGGAAACCUUCCAGACCUUACCCAUCCGAGAGCCGAGUCCGCCAGCAGUCCAUGGGCAGAGGGACAUGGGCAGGGCCUACAGGCUGGGGCUGGUCAAGCAGGACGACGGAGGGAUGCCCAUUGUGGAGUAUAUAGUCAAGUACAAGACUGAUAAAGAGGAACAGUGGAUGACCAAGCUCGUUCCAGGUGCGAAGGACCAUGCCUUGCUGCACCCGCUCCAGUGGAACACGAGAUAUGAAGUGGAAAUCACAGCGCGCAACGUGAAAGGCCUGUCGGAGCCCACCUUCUAUCAGUUCUUCAUGCCACAGAAACCUGACAUUACAGCAGAAUCCCUGUUCAGCGGUCUGGGGCUGGGGGCGGUGGUGGGCCUCGGCCUGGGAGCGCUGCUGCUGCUCCUCGUGCUGGUGGACAUCAGCUGCUUCUUCCUGCGUCACUGCGGCCUGCUCAUGUGCAUCACGCGCACCCUGUGCAGCAAAAAAACAGCCACCAGCGGCAAGGGCAAAGAAAUCGAGGAGGGGAAGGCCGCCUAUCUGUACACCUACAACAGCCGCCCAGCCACCCUUUCAACCACAGAAGCUACCGCUGAAGGAAGAAAAUGGAAGAGAGGUUCUCAAGCCGGAUACGAUUGAAAUCAAAGUGCACAGUGACAACAGCAUCCACACAAAGCCCGACGACAGCAAAGCGUAAAAGGGUCGGUCCUCCCGCCGCCAAAAGAACAUUCGGAUCACAAGACCAAAACCCAGAGAAACUACAACACUGGAAAAUAGUGGAGUAAAAUACCAUAUCUGUUUAUAGCAAUGCCCCAGAGAAAGGCAUGUGUAAAUACAAAAAAUAAUAGAGAGAAAAUAGAAAGGAAGAAAGUGUCAACCUUUUAGACACCCUGAGUGAUUAAUGUAUCAUGUUCUUACAAACAUGGCAUCAGUGGAAAGCUCUUGUUGAUCAAUGAUUGUAUAUUAUUUUCUGCCUUAAGUAUUAUUUCUCAGAUUCUGGGUUUUGUUUUUUUUUUGUUUAUUUAUUUGUCUGUUUUACACCCCACAUGGGAUUUUCAUGCAGUUGAAAGGUGUUUCUAGCACUCUCCUCUUUGAUGUCUCUCAAAAAAGACAAUCACCAGCGGAGGCAUAAGCUGGUACGCUGGUGUGCCCCAAAUAUCUCAAUGCUAAUGCUUUUUUUUGUCUUUGUAAGAGCAAUGCAUGGGCUGACCUUCACUGCAGGAUGUCACAGUGAUUUAAGCCUGUUUCCAUGCCUGAAUGUUACUCUACAACAUCCUUUUUAUGCCUGUGAUAGCCAAGCUAGGUGCCUAGCUUACAAAGACAAAUUCUCAGUUAUUGUACUUUAAGCUAGCAGGCUUCGCUAGCAUUUCUACCUGAAACAAUAUUAAUUUUUUCCAGAAGACUUUAGGCCUAAUAUUUGGUUUGGUUUGAUUUCAGAAGGGCUUUUGCGACUCUUUAUAAGUACUCAACAGUAUCCAAAAAUCACAAGAAGGAAGAGUGUGUUGCAGUCUAUGAAGUAUACAGUACAAAAACCACACAUGUGCAUUGAUGUCACUGUUAGCAAAGCCUUUUAAAUUGACGCCGAAUAUUGUUGGCGCUCUUCAGGCGUCUCACUCUCUAACAAUGUGCGCAUAAGAAUGUUUUAUUCAUCAGCUGCAUACACCGUAAUGUGUCGUAUAUUGUUGCCAGAGGUUAGCCGCACUGCAAGUCAAUUUACACUUUGGUAUACAAUGAGUAAUGAAAAAAUUAUGUUAAUGUGUUGAAAGGCGUCCCCGUGAGUGCCCUGACCAGUAAUCUUUGCUAUCUGUAAAAGCAGAAGUAGCAGCAAGGUACCACUCAAGGCAUGGGAACAAAAGAGAAAAGGUAUGCUCGAGAGAAAUAAAUCAACAUUUACGUCAUGUCUGUUUUAAAUGAUAAACUUUGGUUUCUUUGAUUAUUCUUGCCUCAGAUUGGCCUCUGAUGCCGUUUUUCUUUCUUUGGUCUGGUCACUAUUCUCUCUGAUGUUGUCACGUGUUGUACAUAGAUGAAAAAAAAAGAGUAUUUUACAAAGCUUUUAUGUAAAUAUACCCUAAAGGAUGUGUCCUUUUUUCCAAAUGCAAAAGGCUUGGCUUUUUUUUUUCUUUUUUUUGUGAACACUCCUUGGAUGAAAAGCUGUUGGCUGUUUUUUUUUUCUUUUCUUCUUCUUUUUUUUUCCUUCUCUUGUGUUUUGGUCCAAAGUUCAGUGAUGGUGUAAUAUUGUUUUUUCCUAGUCAUUUGCUUUCCCUUAAGAAAAACCCAUGUCCUGAGGCUAUUUCACAGCAUUUCAAUGGAGGCAGUAAUUACGGCAUUAGUGUGCCUUCUCUUUUUCUUUUCUUUUUUUUUAACCCCCCCCCCCUCCCUUUUGUGGCCCAAAGUCGCUGUAGCAGUGUAGACCAACAAGUGAACUUUUGAUCAAAGCUUAGCUGCUUUGUGCCACAGAAUGUGUCAUAAGAUUGAAUUGUAUUGUGAUGCUGUGGUUUCUGGGAAACGUAGUCAUAGGGUUGUGGGUUCUAAUCACCGACACUGGACAGGAACGGACGUGUGCAACUACCUAGUACAACUAGAUGUCAGGUCGAGGCUGUUGAGUGGUCUGAUGGCAUCACAUGAAUCAUUACAUGACUGUGUGUGUGCGCAUGUAUGUGUGCAUACAUCCAUGGGUAACUACACUCGUCUACAUGAGUCAGGUUGCAUGUAUGUCCGCUGAAUGUAUCUGCACGUACUGUAAGUUAAUCCAUUUGUAUGUUUGCGAGGAUGUGUUCCCAUUUUUACUGUUUUUUUGUUUUUUUUCAAUUUUCCACAAUAAGAGUCUCCAGAUUCCAAACCUUACACUACAUUAAAGAGUUAAGUGCUAUUCUGGCAUUUAUUAUAUUUAUUUUUUAAUGUUGUUACCUAUUUAUAAUAAAGUGCGAGUACACUUUCCAUCUCCAUGGUGCACCAUGUGGCAAGCGAAGGUGAUGAUGCGAAGGUGAUGAUGACCACAUGCCAAGUGUGAAUGUCAGAGUGCUCUAAGUGCAUGGAGUGUUUCCUUUUUAAAACAUUUUUUUAAACCGUGGUGCGAGUUGGCGAGAGCUCUCACGCCGAGUUCCGGGGUGUGCUCUGAUAGUUAAAACCUGAUUAUGUAGCUCUCGACAGUGAUUAAUUCCCUAGGCUGCAGCACUCCUUCCAUGUGUCUGCCAGCCCCCCUCCUGUCCUCCCCACCUGCCCCCCUCUCCACCACUGUUCCCUGCCUCUCAGACUCCACUGGUUUUUAUCUCAGACUUACGUAGUGCUGGCUUUGUUUUCUCACGGCGAGCCCUUGUACCUGCAUAUCUCUAAAGGAUGGUCCUGCCAUGGAGUGGUUCCGCUGCCUGUUACGAUCACUGUAAAUAUGGGAGCACAGUGCCUGGGGGCUAUACGAUUUGUACAUGUUCUUUUGUAUUUGAAUAUAAGUCUAACCCCCCACCCCCCCACCCCUGUCCUUCUUCUCCUCUGGUCCCUCCUCUCCUCCCCUCUCUCGUCCUCCUUUCCUCUCUGUCUCCUCCAUCAUCCAUCAGCCCUUUUUUCUGUAAAAGGGGGGUUAAAAAAACAGGUGUGUUUGAGCUCAGUGUACAGUAUGUGUCCUCUUUGUCCCCAUGCUCCCCGUGUCCCUUGGACUGUCCCCGCUGAGUGUGCUUUGUGCAGGAGGUGGGAACUAUUGAUGUCUCUCUGUACGUACCUGUGGAACACUUGUGACUCCUAUCAUUGGCCGCUGUAAAUAAACAUGUCCUGGUAGAAGACAGCGAGA